UCGAGUUAACACACACGAACGAAAGGAAAGUGAUGAGCUCGCGAUCGGGCGAAUGUAAAAUCAGCGGCUAAAAUAUAUAAGUACAACAUGUGAACAUUAAGCAAUCACCAUUUCACUUUCAACUGUUGAAACAAUUGCCACACACCUUUCCUCACGAGUUCACCAUCGUUGGCUGAUAUGAAGCAAUCAUUAGUGUUAUUGAUUCUUAUGUUUGGUUGGAGUUCAGGAGAACUGUGUAGCCCUAAAACACAAAAGAAACGGGAGCUGCCUCCAGGAACCAGUGAGCAAGUCGAAACAUCCCACACAUUUGACACACAGUACACCGAAGGCAACCAGUAUGGUAACAAGCAGUUAAGGGAGGUUACCAUCACCAAAAAUGUUCCCGUGCCGUACCCUGUGAAGGUUGAAAAACAUAUAGCCAUUCCAGUGAAAAUCCCUUUUCCGGUGGCAGUGCAUAACAAGAUUCCGAUCUAUGUGGAAAGGAAGAUCCCGAUUUACGUCGAGAAGCCAGUGCCGGUGCAAGUAGAUCGUCCAUUUCCCUACCCGCUGCCGAUUGAAGUUCCCGUAUUUCACAAAGUGGCGGUAGAGGUACCGAAGCCGUACCCAGUUCAUGUUCCCAAACCGUAUCCGGUGUACAUUCAGAGGCCUGCGUUCGUUGAAAAUUCGAAGGGCAAUCGAAUUAAGAAACACGUAAUGAAGGGACUGAAGCGAAAGCAAUGAUGAAAGUGCAUUUGGACGUUGAUAUUUGAUAAUACGCGGUGCUAGUGUAUCUAUUUAUUUAUGAAAUUAUCUGUAGAACGAAACGUUUAUGCAAAAAAGGCUGACCAAAGUGUAACCAAAGUUUCAUUGUAAUCGACGAGAAUAAAUGAAUGAUACUAACAAUGUGGCGACAUAUUGUAAAUACAAUUGUAAUGUUUAGUUUGUCGAUUCUUUACAUUUUCGAGAACAAUUGAAGCAUUGAAGCGUUCUUAGAGGAAAUUCUAGAGAAGUUCUGUGAUUCUCAGAGUUUCUUCCUGGGCUGACGUGACGUGAAUUUGAUUGUGAAUAAGUUAAGGUAAAAUGCACCUAAAGGUCUAAGAUUACGUAAUAUUAGAGUGUUGAUAUGGUCUAUUAAUUUAGAAUUAUAUCCUUAAAUCGUAAUAUUAUAAUUAUUAUGCCUGAAAAAAAGGAAUGGCACAAAAACUGAACCGCAUGUUUUCGAUUAAACAGUUGUGUUCAAGCAGCAGGUAAUUGGUAGUGGUGAAAUAUCCCGUAGAAAAGCAUACAAUUUAUAGCAUUUUAUAGCAAAAAUGUUAAUGAAUCAAGUGCAAUGCUUUCACAUGUAUAGGAAUCAUUGAGAUACUCUCUUGAAAUGAUGCGCGAUCCAGAGA